CGCACCGUCCGAGUUUGAACGGGCAUUUUUCGUUCUCCCCCUGCGCGAGCUUCAUGAUCGUCUCAGCUUCCUUCGCGAUUAGAAGUCUGCAGGCCAUCCCACGAUAGGAAACAGUUGAAGUUGGCGAAAGGAAGCAUAAUCUCAAUACGACAGAAUACGAGAGACACCUGCGAAGGACACACUCCGGACAUAGCGCGAGAGGAGACGUUUUCGCGAGAAUCGCAGCUAGCACAGACUUUGAUUGAAGUUGGAACAGAAUGAACUUGGACAGUGGAGAACCCUUGCAAGUCGAGGAGUCUGUACAGGAUGAGGGAGCAACAGGUUGCUUCGGUGACAGAUUGAGUUCAGAUAGCAACAAGAUGGAGGUAGUCAGUAUUGACAAGACUGUGGCAGAGAACCAGAUGCACAAUACUGAAGAUAACAGGUAUUCUGAGCAAACUCAGGGCGAUGAUCAUCAUGAGUUUACUGUUAGAAGGUUCAAGGAUUCCUACAGUUGCAAAGCUGAUGGGCAAGAUGGCUCAAAUGUUAAGAGUGUCGAAGGUUCCAAUGAUAGCCAAUGCUUUGAUGAUAUUUGCCAAAGUAAACCGGACUUCCUCGAGCCUGAAGAUAACGUGAAAUUGCAAGCUGAAGACCCUGUCAUAAGUGUGGAUUUAAAAUCUUCACAAAUUCAUGCAGCAGGUGAUCUUGAUCAUACAAAGAUGGAGGUGCCAAGUUUGAUGGCACGAGAAUUUGAAGUGAAAAAUGAGUCAUCUGAUGAAUGUUUGACAACGGGUGACACAAGUUUUAAUAUUGAUUUGAUUAAUGCUCAUAGUAAAGUUGAUACUCACAUUAACGCUGACAGGACAAUAGAUAUACUUCAAGAAACUAUUAUUGACAACAAUCAUUUUAAUCCAUCUAUAAAUAAACAUGUCUCUGAAAUUUCACAAACUGAAUAUCAUCCAAAAGACGAUGUUCAAAGUAAGCUUGCAUUGAUUCAUAACAAUCUACACACUUCUGAGCUGACUGAUACAAUGACAAGAGAAAUAGAUGAAAUUCCAAAACACGAUUUGAAAGUUAUCAAUAGUAAUGAUCAGCAUGUAGUAAGGACCAUAAUAACUGAGAAAUUAAAUCCUGCUAAGCAAGAUAAUAAAUCUUUGGAAACUGAUAUCUUAAUAGAUUUAACUGACGAUAGGUUUUUAGAGGAAAUUUCAAAGAGUCUUAUUGAUAGAGAUAUGACAAUGUAUGAUCGUACAUUUUUGGGUGCUGAUCCUGAAGAAUCAGCACAGAAUCAACACAAAAAUGCAAAUAGCAUUUCAAAAAUGUCAGAAAACAAUCAGCAAACUGCAUUCGACAAUAAGUUGUCAGUGGAGCCUGAAAAUGUUUCUGACAUCCCUUCUACCGUUGAAAGCAUUUCUGCAACUACUGAUCUAAAUAAAUCUUCAGCAACCGGUCAGUUGAAUAUAACUGAGAAUGUGAAGUUGUUGGAGGUUGAACAACCUGAUCUUAGUAAAAAUAGUGAUAAAGUUGCACUAUUAACGAAUCUUAUUGAAGCAAUUACCACUGAAGAGUCAUCUUCAUCAGUAAAGAAUACUGACCUUCAACCCUUGAUAAAGGAUGAAUCUAAUUUGAGUGAAAUACAAACAUUAUCCAAACCCAAAAAUCUCGAAGAACCAACUUAUGUUAUUCAAAAAUUACAAAACAUGAAUUGGCUCAAACCACAAUCAGCAUCUGAAUCAGCUACGGCUCGAAAUCGCAAAAUGAUGUUGAGGAGUUUACCAAAGAAGGAUGAGCGAGUUGAGAAUUACUUUGAAGGCACAAAGAAAAAUACCAAUAAUAGCGAGUCCAGGACAAAUGCUAAUGGUUCUGGCCAUAGUGAAAACCAAACAUCUUCAGCUUUGCAGAGUCAACACAGUGAAAUAGCAAUUCAAGCUACAGCACUGGCUCAGUCAAACGUUUGGAACAAAAAUACUGUUGAUCAGCUCUUUCCAGAAGCCCAACUUGCUAAUGUUGAAGAUGAGCAACUAAGUCAGGCCAUUGUUGAGAGUAUUUGUACUGCCCAGCAAGAAAGCGAGAAGCGCAAAAUGGUUGGAAAUCUGAAGAUCCAGAACCUUGAUGAACCUGAUGACAACGAAUGGAGCAAGAAAAAUUACCAAAACCUUCCCAAUGAACCACCUGCAGAUUUGGCUAACAAUAUCAAAGGUUUAGUCGACCAGUACGGUAGAGUGGGUGGGUACACCGAAAAACAUCUAUUCAUGGGUCCAGGGGCAAGAAGACGGGAGCAGGAAUUCCUCAAAGCUCAAUCGGAAAAUGCCGAUUCGCAAGCCUCUAAUAAAGAAACGUUACCAAGUAGGACUCAACAGGGACCGACAAACGCGCGAUCUCAAGAGGCGCAGUCUCAGUCGUCCUCGCAAGCUCCAAAAAAAGACGCGCCUUUGCCAAGUAAGACUCAACAAGCUCCUGCAAACGCGCGAUCCGACAAGGACACACCUAACGAAAAGCCGGGCUUCAAGCAGGAUUCGUCCAGAGGUUGUCGUAGGGAAUCUACCGGAAAGGUUGAGACAAAGCUAGAUUCGCGCUUUGCGGAUAAAAAUCUGCAGAGCACGCAAAUUGAGAGGGAAGAAACAAAAGAUAAACCGGGAUUUGGUCAAGACGCGUCUAGGAAUACUCAACAGCAACAGAGAGGACAAACCAUGAACCAGGAAAGUAAAGCCGGAGUUCGCGGACAAUCAGCGAAGCAGGAUGUUAAAAUAGAAGGACGCGGACAGAAUGUAAAGCAAGAAGUUAAGACGGAAACACGGGGGCAGAAUCAACAAAGAACAGGAUCUGCACGGUUUGAGGAUAUGUCUAACAGGGAUAAACCUGGAUUUAACCAAGGACCAAUUAAAGAUUCUAAUGCAGCUCUGAGUAAACAAGAUUUAGAUAAUAAUAAGAGCCAGCAACCGAGCAAUUCUAAUAGAUACUACCAAUCCGAUAACAAAAGUCAAGAUGAUUAUAACAGGCAUGGUAAUUUUGAUCGACGUGAUGGCAUCAACAAGAACAUGGUACCUGUGAAUAAAAAUCAAGAUAAUGAUCAAUAUAAGAGUCAACAUCAAGAUUACUAUAAUAGAAACCAGAGUCAAGAUAAUCACAGUAGGAUCCAAACCCAAGAUCGCUCUUUGAGAAAUUCUGGACAAGAUUACCCCGCUCGAAACCGAACACAAGAUAAUUCUGAUGACAAAAUUAAAACUCAAGAUCGUUCCGGUAAAAAUCAGAUUCAAGAUCAUUUGGAUAGGUACCAAAGCCAAGACAAUUUUAAUAAAAAUCGAGGUCAAGAUCGCAUUGAUAGGAACCAGAAUCAAGAUAAUUUAAAUAAUAGAGCCCAGUAUCAGGAGUCAAAUAAAAAUCCAAGCAGCUUUGGAAGGUUUCAAGAUAAUUCAAAUAAGAACCAAAAUUCGCGUGAUAGAAAUCAAACUAACAGAGUUGAUAGUUUUGAUUAUCAGAACAGAAAUCAAUUUCAUGAUAGGUAUAAUGAAUCUGGACAUCGAGACCAAGAUAGAUACAAUAGAAAUCAAGAUAACGCAAAUAAAAAUCAAGAUCGAUUUCAGAAAGCUCACUCUGAAGAAAACUGGGAUCACUACGAAACUGCUAAACCUAAGCUGAGUUUGCAGAGCGAUAGGUUCCACGAAGCCAGGAACAAAGAUCUAGGGUAUCAAAAGCAUCAAGAUACUGGUAAUAAAUAUCAAGACAAUGUAAAUAAAAAUCAAGAGCGAUUCCAGAAAGCCCACUCUGAAGAAAACUGGGAUGACAAUGAAAGUAUCAAUCCUAAGUCGAACUUCCAAAGAGUUUCUGAUAAUAAGAGCCAUCAGCAACCAACAGUUGUAUAUCAUCCGAAAGGAUAUUACAAUCAAGAAUCUAGUAAUUCAAAAAGUGGUGACCAAUAUAGGAUUGCCAAUUUACAAGAGAAUAGGAAAGUUGUCGUGGAGAAAAAAAUGGAUCUUCCAAUAAAGAUAAAUGCUAACUCUGAUAUUCAGAAUAUUAAUACAAUUUUGUCUAGAAGUAACAUUACAUCGAGCACACAAUCAAAUAGCUCUAUUGGUUCGUUGGUAGAAGCCAAACACCCUUUGCGUCAUUUUACUCCAAAUACAACGAUGUCGGCAUUAAUUACAAAGGAGAUUAAAAAUGAUCAUAAAGAAGAAACUCCAAAAGCCGAGACUGUUGUAACGUUCAGUCAUGUCCAUGAAAGCUCAACUCCAGAAGCAAGACCUAAUGUCGUUUUAGCUUUUGAGGGCAAUCAAAAUGUUCAGCGCGCCUUAGGUUUGGAUAUAAAUGCAGCUCAAGCAGUUCAAUCGAUCAAUCCACAAAUGAUAAACGCCGCGUACGCAAAUUCACCAAUGAACGUUAAUGCGUUGUCUUUCGAAGCAUCAAAUUUGAAUGCUCAACAAGGAUUAAAUUGUCCACAAGUAGAUUCGCCAAUGUCGAGUUUACCGCUGGCAUAUUCAGCAGGUCCAAACAUCAACAGUGUUGAAGCACAACUUCGAAUGAACGAAAUAUCGAACCUCUCUCAAGAUAUCUUAAGACUUCACACUACAGUUGUAUCAUUGGCAAAGCAAUUGGCUUCAGCUCAAGCAGAUUUACUGGUUGCACAAGCCAAAUUUAAUCAAUAUCAGCAAUACUCAGCUCAAGCUGACAAUGCUUCCAACGACAGUCCAAUGAUGCAAGCCGAGAGUCCGUCUGUGCCCGCCAACUUCUAUACAAUGCAGUGCAUAGCUCCUCCAGGUUUCACCACAGCUACACCUAAUAUUCAAAAGAUCGUACAACCGGAUGCGUACCAGUUACCAAAGAGCUAUGCGACUUCCAAUGUGCAACAAGACUUUGCGAUUAACGAGCUUCAUUCCAACACAGCUCUAGAUCAAAGAUUAAUCCAACAGUAUCAUCUUUAUCAACAACAGCAAUCUGCUGCUAAUUUUCAGCAGUACAACGCCAAUAUCAACGCAAACGUUACUGCUACCAGUGCAGUAUCGAGAGAACGAAUAGUGCCUCAAUCUCAACCGCAACCGCAAUUGAACAAGGGAAGAGAAUUGAGGGGAUGCAGGAGUCAGUUUUAUAAUUGAUUAAAUACUUUUUGAGUUCUGAUUUAUUAUUAUUAUUUUUUAAUAGUUCUUUACAUGCAUAUCUAUUUACUAGAGAGUUCGUUACUGAAAAAAGUUUAUAAUAUUGCAUUUAUUUGCUAUUACUAUCAGGUCACUGACUAUUUUCUAGCAGAUUAAUAAAUUUGUAACUAUUUUUUCUUUAUUUUUAGAGUUUAAACUGAUGAACGUUUAUAUAUUUUUUUAAGUUUGUAAGAAAGACAUAAUAAUAAAAGAUGAAUACAAUCUUUUUACCAAAGAUGAUACAAGUGAACUAUUAAUAAAUUAAACAUAACGCUCGUGACAAAGUUUGAAUCAAAAAA